UAUGGGCCAGUGGCGGAGUCACUGUCGCUUCAGCCAGGCUGUGGAGCGGACGUACGCGCCUGGUACCCCGGGCGGGGGCUCCACUUGGGUAGGAGGAGGUGGAGGGGAAGAGAAGUCCUCCCUGCCCUCAACCUUUCAAAGCUCUGACACCAAGGGCUAGGAGACUGACACAGAGGGGAGCUAAGGUCUUCCUGCUCAGCUGCCUGAAGAGGCCAAGACACUGGAGGGCCCUGAGCCCACCGCACCAGGGGCCCCAGCAGCGCCUCAGUUGCCUAAAGCAACAAUUUCAGUGACCAGUGCAAGGCCUCCAGUUGCCUAGACAACGAGCCCGGGGUCAGAGCAAGGACCCUUCCAGCCACCUGCCUGGACUGCAGUCUCAGGCACUAGUCCCAGCCCAGCGGGUGCCAACCAGGUGACAUGCCGGUGCUCUCCACCCCCCGGCCUUCGAGGGUGACCACGCUGAAGCGCACAGCCGUGGUCCUGGCCCUCACCGCCUAUGGAGCCCACAAAAUCUACCCCCUGGUGCGGCAGUGCCUGGGUCCAGCAAGGGGCCCUCCAGGGCCAGCAGGGGAGCCCGCGCAGGAGGCCUCCGGGGCAGCAGCCACAGCAGCCAAGGCCAGCGUGAACCGGGUGUUCCUGCAACGACUCCUGUGGCUCCUGCGCCUGCUCUUUCCCCGGGUCCUGUGCCGGGAGACUGGGCUCCUGGCGCUGCACUCGGCUGCCCUGGUGAGCCGGACUUUCCUGUCGGUCUAUGUGGCCCGCCUGGAUGGACGUUUGGCCCGCUGCAUCGUCCGCAAGGACCCACGGGCCUUCGGCUGGCAGCUCCUCCAGUGGCUCCUCAUCGCCCUACCUGCCACUUUCAUCAACAGUGCCAUCCGCUACCUGGAGGGCCAGCUGGCCCUGUCCUUCCGCAGCCGUCUGGUGGCCCACGCCUACAGCCUCUAUUUCUCCCAGCAGACCUACUACCGAGUCAGCAACAUGGACGGGCGCCUUCGCAACCCUGACCAGUCCCUGACAGAGGACUUGGUAGCCUUUGCUGCCUCUGUGGCUCACCUCUACUCCAACCUGACCAAGCCGCUCCUGGACGUGGCUGUGACCUCCUACACCCUGCUUCGGGCAGCCCGCUCCCGCGGAGCUGGCACAGCCUGGCCCUCGGCCAUCGCUGGCCUCGUGGUAUUCCUCACCGCCAACGUGCUGCGGGCCUUCUCACCCAAGUUCGGGGAGCUAGUGGCAGAGGAGGCGCGGAGGAAGGGGGAGCUGCGCUACAUGCACUCUCGUGUGGUGGCCAACUCGGAGGAGAUCGCUUUCUACGGGGGCCACGAGGUAGAGCUGGCCCUGCUGCGGCACUCCUACCAGGACCUGGCCUCACAGAUCAACCUCAUCCUGCUGGAGCGCCUGUGGUACGUCAUGCUGGAGCAGUUCCUCAUGAAGUAUGUAUGGAGCGCCUCAGGCCUGCUCAUGGUGGCUGUACCCAUCAUUACCGCCACUGGCUACUCGGAGUCAGUAGACUCAGAGGCAGUGAGAAAGGCUGCCUUGGAGAAGAGAGAGGAGGAGCUGGUGAGCGAACGCACCGAAGCCUUCACCAUCGCCCGCAACCUCCUCACAGCUGCUGCGGAUGCUAUUGAGCGUAUCAUGUCAUCGUACAAGGAGGUGACAGAGUUGGCUGGCUACACAGCCCGAGUUCAUGAGAUGUUCCAGGUCUUCAAAGACGUCCAGCACUGUCAUUUUAAGAGGCCUGGGGAGCCGGAGGAUGCUCCAGUGGGUCCUGGGGCCGUUGUGAGCUCUGGUGUUCAUGUGGAGGGGCCUCUGAAGAUCCGAGGCCAAGUGGUAGAUGUGGAGCACGGCAUCAUCUGUGAAAACAUCCCCAUCAUCACACCCACGGGAGAGGUGGUGGUGGCCAGCCUCAACAUCAGGGUGGAGGAGGGCAUGCACCUGCUCAUCACGGGCCCCAACGGCUGUGGCAAAAGCUCCCUGUUCCGGAUCCUGGGUGGGCUGUGGCCAGCUUAUGGCGGGGUGCUCUACAAACCCCCGCCUCAGCGCAUGUUCUACAUCCCCCAGAGGCCCUACAUGUCUGUGGGCUCACUACGAGACCAGGUGAUCUACCCAGACUCAGUGGAGGACAUGCAGAGGAAGGGCCACUCAGAGCAGCACCUGGAGGCCAUCCUGGACAUCGUGAAUCUGCAGCACAUCCUGCAGCGCGAAGGAGGUUGGGAAGCCGUGUGUGACUGGAAGGACGUACUGUCGGGGGGCGAGAAGCAGAGGAUUGGCAUGGCUCGCAUGUUCUACCACAGGCCCAAGUACGCCCUCCUGGACGAGUGUACCAGUGCUGUCAGCAUCGACGUGGAGGGCAAGAUCUUCCAAGCCGCCAAGGACGCAGGCAUUGCCCUGCUCUCCAUCACCCAUCGCCCAUCUCUGUGGAAGUACCACACACACUUGCUGCAGUUCGAUGGGGAGGGAGGCUGGAAGUUCGAGAAGCUGGACUCGGCCGCCCGCCUAAGCCUGACCGAGGAGAAGCAGCGGCUCGAACAGCAGCUGGCAGGCAUCCCCAAGAUGCAGCGACGCCUGCAGGAACUUUGCCACAUCCUGGGCGAGGCAGCGGCCCCCGGGCAGCCCCUGGCCCCCAACCCCCCAAGCCCUGGGCUCCCCCAGGGUGCCACCACCUGAGGGGGAGCCCCAGCUCUGGGCCCUGGGCCCCCUCCCCUCCCCUGAGCUCUCGGAUCACGUGAAGGAAACAGCAGCACGCACCCACCCCAGCAGUCCCUGCACACCUCUCCUCUCCUCUCCUCCCAGGCCAGCGAAAUCACGUGCCCUUCCCCCAGCCCAGGUCCCUGUGUAAUGCAAAUGGCGAAUGUGUGCAACUGCUAACCAAAAGGUUGGAGGUUCAGGUCCACCCAGAGGUGCCUUGGAAGAAAGUCUUGGCAAUCUACUUCUGAAAAAUCAGCCAUCGAAGCCCUCUGGAGCACAGUUCUACUCUGAGACACGUGGGCUCACCAUGAGUCGAUAACUGUGACCUGUUAGCGUAGUUGAGUCCUUUACUUUUCCUCAGGGGAGCCCCACAGUCCUACCCCCACCCCGGUGCCGGUGAGCAGGCAGGGGUGAGCAGGGAUCUCCCCACAGUGCCAGCUCCCCAGCGCCAACCCAAGUCUGUGCUGAGCCUGAGACACAAGUCCCCGUGCUAUCCACCCCUUUGUCCCUCGAAGACCCUCUGCCCCAUCCCUUUAUUGCCACCACCCAGGGUGGCAAGCAGUGGGUCCAGCGCUGUGGGCACCCCUCCUGCCACAGAAACAGUUGCCCAGGGCCACAGCUAGGCAGAAAGGCAGAUGGAGCGUGCCCGCACUGCCUCACAGAGCCCUUCAGAGCAAAGACUGCCUAGCGUUGGCUGACGAGCCUGACAAGAACGGAGCUCUGUCCUUCUCGGUCCCUAGCCUCCUCUCCUUCCAAAACCUAAUUUAUUGAUUCUCUGUUUGUAUCUGUCCUGAUUGCCACGUGAGCCUCCUGCCAGUGGGGGAGGCAGGGCGGAGCAGCAGCCCACCCGGUGCCAAACUGCAGCCUCCAGCGCCACCACCUGCCAGCCUACACUGCCAGCUGCUCGCUGUGGCUCAGUGCCAAAGAGGGGUCUGCCGGGGGCACUGUCUGUGCCAAGCCGGCCCUCACCGGAAGAGGGGGACCCCACCGCCGUGUGCCUUUCCUGGCCCCUCAGCCCUCGGGCCGGGGAGCCUCCCUCAGUUCCCUGAGUAAAAACCUGCCAUGGAAAAUGCGGUCUGGCCUCCCCACC